AACGGCUCGUCGUCAUGAAUUUUUCUCCUGCAGCUUCUCUGCCUGCCUCCGUUAAACUCAGCCGCAGUGCAUCAUGGGAGGCGUGGCGGUGGACUCGGGUGACGGGGCGGUGAAGGCUCCAGACGGCGGGUGGGGCUGGGCGGUUUUGGCCGGGUGUUUCGUCAUCACGGGUUUCUCGUACGCCUUCCCCAAAGCGGUCAGCGUGUUCUUCAAAGAGCUGAUCAGAGAGUUCGGGGUCGGGUACAGCGACACGGCGUGGAUCUCCUCCAUCCUGCUCGCCAUGCUCUACGGCACAGGUCCUCUCUGCAGCGUGCUGGUGAAUCGGUUCGGCUGUCGUCCGGUCAUGAUGGUCGGCGGUCUCUUCGCCUCUCUGGGGAUGAUCCUGGCUUCUUUCUCCACCAGCAUCGUCCACAUCUACCUGUCCACAGGUGUCAUCACAGGUUUGGGUUUGGCGCUGAACUUCCAGCCCUCUCUGAUCAUGUUGAACCGUUACUUCAGUGAGAAGCGUCCUCUGGCUAACGGCCUCUCGGCGGCAGGAAGUCCCGUGGCUCUGUGCUGCCUCUCGCCUUUAGGACAGGUGCUGCAGUAUCAGUACGGCUGGAGGGGGGGCUUCCUCAUCCUGGGGGGGCUCCUGCUGAACUGUUGUGUGUGCGGCGCCCUCAUGAAACCUCUGCUCCCCCCGAAGACGCUCAAACUGAAGGACCCUGAACGGGACGACGAGGACGAGACAGAGAAGAAGAAGAAGAAGAAGAAGCUGCUGGACUUCUCUGUCUUCAGAGACUCGGGCUUCAUCAUCUACACGGCGGCGGCGUCCAUCAUGGUUCUGGGGCUGUUCGUGCCUCCCGUGUUCAUCGUGAGCUACGCCAAAGAGCUCGGGAACGAGGACACCAAAUCGGCUCUGCUGCUCACCGUCCUCGGCUUCAUCGACAUGUUCGCUCGGCCCGUCUGUGGCGUCGUCGCUGGCCUGAAGUGGGUCCGCCCCCGCUGUGUUUACCUCUUCAGCUUCGCCAUGAUCUUCAACGGAACCACCGACCUGAUCGGGUCGCAGGCGACGGACUACCCUUCCCUCGUGAUCUUCUGCAUCUUCUUCGGCAUCUCAUACGGGAUGGUGGGCGCUCUGCAGUUUGAGGUCCUCAUGGCGAUCGUCGGGACGGAGAAGUUUUCCAGCGCCAUCGGCCUGGUCCUGCUGAUGGAGGCCAUGGCGGUGCUGGUGGGGCCCCCGGGUGCAGGUCGGCUCCUCGACGCCACAAAGAACUACAUGUACGUCUUCCUGCUGGCGGGGAGCGAGGUGGUGCUCGCCGCCGUGGUUCUGGCCGCCUGUAACUUCAUUUUUAUCAGCAAGAAGUCUCCGACUGCCGCAGAUGAGCUGGAGGACAUCACAGUGACGGAGGACGCAAAGGCGUGCAGUGAGCCUGCAGAGAUGACCGACGAAGAGGAGAAAGGAGCGAGAGAGGAGCAAGAGAAGGAGACAAAGAAGGACGCGGAAAAGGAAGAGGAGGAGGCUAAGAAGGACGCGGAAAAGGAAGAGAAGGAGACAACGAAGGAAGGAGAGAGAGAGGAGGCCGUGAGGCCACAGAGCAUCACAGUGGACUCACAGGAAGUGGAGAGGUUCCUGAAGGAGACACAGCAGAACGGCCACGCGGCCUCCAGUCCUGAGACGGCUCUGUGAGGACGCUGGGCGACAUGAAACUUCCUUUUUUUAGAACAACUGAAGGAUGAAGAGUGACGCGAUUCAUACUAACUGGAACGCAGGCGGAAGGUUUUAGCAUCGCUACGUGUUUGCUGUGACCUGCAGGGAGUCGAAGUUAGCAAUAUGUUCUCGCUGGAUGUUUAAAUGUGGAGCUUCUUAGUGGAUAUGUGAAGAACUCUCAGUUUUAUUUUGAUGUCGCCACCAGCAAAUGAAACAAGGGAUCAUUUUGAUGACGUUCUGCAUUCUUAGUGUCAACAAAUCGUUUAAAAAGACCAGAAA